GUGUAACAGGUGUGGGGCACUAUGGCAAACGCGAAGCCAACACGGCAACCAUAAGCAUAAAUACUACCAAUCAACUUACUAAUUCAAACAACAAACGACAUUCUUGUUGUUGUUAUUGUUAUACACACACACACACUGUGUCUCUUUUUUUUCCUUAAACAUUAUUGGUUGACUUCACAUUAUAACAUGGGUCUAUGUUUUGCUUCACUCUCUCGCCAACCACCACCCUCUUCCCUCAAUAUUCCCCACACUUCAGGUUCAAGGAGUAAUACUAGUGAAGAGGAUCGCAAUACUAAGAAAGAGUCAUCAUCAUCAUGCAAUUUACAUGAGAGUAAAGAAGGAAGCACAACUAUAAGUGGGAAGUUUCUAGAAAUGCCAAAUUUGAAGGAGUUUAGUUAUGGAGAUUUGAAAGUUGCCACAAAGAAUUUCAAGUUAGAUGCAUUGCUUGGUGAAGGUGGUUUUGGUAAAGUUUACAAAGGUUGGUUGAAUGCUGAGACACUUACCCCUACCAAAGCUGGUUCUGGAAUGAUGGUGGCUAUCAAGAAAUUGAAGUCAGAUAGUGUGCAAGGUGUUCAAGAAUGGCAGUCAGAAAUCAACUUUUUAGGAAGGAUUUCUCACCCCAAUUUGGUCAAGCUAUUGGGUUAUUGUACGGACGGUGAUGAAUUUCUCCUUGUGUACGAGUUCAUGCCAAGGGGAAGCUUAGAGAGCCAUCUCUUUAAAAGAAAUCCUAACAUAGAAUCACUUUCAUGGAACACAAGACUCAAAAUCGCUAUAGAUGCAGCUCGAGGUUUGGCAUUCUUGCACUCAUCAGAAAAGCAAAUCAUAUAUAGAGAUUUCAAAGCUUCCAAUAUACUUCUUGAUGAGAAUUACAAUGCAAAAAUUUCAGAUUUUGGGUUGGCGAAAUUUGGACCAUCUGGAGAAGAUUCACACGUGACUACUCGAAUCAUGGGCACGUAUGGUUAUGCCGCUCCAGAAUACAUUGCAACAGGUCAUUUGUAUGUGAAGAGCGAUGUUUAUGGAUUUGGUGUGGUGCUGCUUGAAAUGUUGACAGGGUUGCAAGCACUUGAUAGAAAAAGAGCCACAGAGAAGCAAAAUCUAGUUGAAUGGAUUAAGCCUUCUCUUUCUGAUAAAAGAAAGUUGAAAGGUAACAUUGUGGAUUAUAGGUUAGAUGGCCAAUAUUCACUAAAAGCAGCAUUCGAAACAGCUCAGCUUAUUCUUAAUUGCCUUGAAUCUGAUCCUAAAAAACGUCCUUCUAUGGAAGAUGUUUUGGAGACAUUAGAAGGCAUAAACGCUAUCAAGGAUAGAAGGAAAAUAUCCAAGAAUCAUUGUACUAAGUCUGCAACUAUGUAGUACAAUUUACAAAAGCCAAUUUUUGCAUUUAGAAAUAGAAGUUGAACAUGUAAUUCGGCAAAUAAGUUUUGAUCAGUCAUUUUUAUAGAUAUUUAUGUUUUAUAGUCAUGCUAAAUAGUGUCCCAGGGGCACUAGUUAUUUUGUUA